UAAAACCGACAUAACUUUAAAAAUUUGGAGGUGUUCACAAUGAAAUAUAUAAUAUCAAUUUUCUUGCUUUUUGUGAUUGGCUUAGCUGUGAGUCACGAACUGAAGACAGAAAAGAAAGAUAUCAAUCAUGCCAAGGAUGCUCAGCUAACGAAGGACGUAGCAAUUAAACUACCAGAGGAAAAAUCCAAUAUUGCCGCCAAAGUCGAAACUUUGCCAGUUCAUAAACUGAGGCUUUUGAAGAAACGAAGUCCUGGAAAGCGAAGUAGGGAACGUUAUGGUUACUACUACGGCGGCCGUUCAAGAGGUGGUCACUCAAGAGGUGGACGAUCAAGGGGUGGUCACUCAAGACAUCGUGGCCACUCACAUGGCGGACAUUCACGACGCGGAGGUCGCUCUCGACAUAGCGGUAGCUCUAGUGGAGGUCGAUCUAGUUAUGGUGGAAGGUCGUAUGGAUCAUAUUAUGGUAACAGUCGUUAUAAUUAUGGUCAAAGUGGUCGCUCUCAAGGAGGAUAUGUUCCCUAUCGCGGCUCGGGAUAUCCCAACUACGGCAGCAGAUACAUUGGAGUCAUAAGAUACGGUAGCAGACCAAUUGGUACAAAUUCAAUUUCAGGAAAUCAAAGUCCUAUCAGUGGAAAUUGCAACUGUCCCUUCAGCCAAAACAAUGAACCGUCUGUAGAGAGCGAUGAGUAUGAUUUUGAUUAUCUGAGGCAGUGGCAAAGAGCUUUUUCAUCGCAUCCAUGUUGUCGUCAGAGAUGGGAAGUGUAUUGGUCAAAUUCCCAAAGAAAAUAAUCAAGAUUACCAAUAAAUAGUAAAUACACUAUAUCAAACAUGAAGUAACUGAAGAAUUUAUAGACUCUAUACUAAUAUUAAUUUUUACUAUCAUAUUAAUAUUCACAAUUCUCCAAUAUCGACCAAUGCUGCAUAGCACCUGUGUUUCUAGGAUUGAAUAAUUAAAUAAUAAUUUACCUUACGUUAACUAAAAAUAAUAAAUCCUAUUAAAUAUUUAAUCGAAAUGACUAUUUGGAUAUUAAAUUCUUGCAUUAAACUU